AUAAAAUACUACUUUUAUCUAUUAACACACGCAGACAGCAAACGGCAGUCAACAUGGACGGUUGGGGUUCCGGGAAUGAAAUGAACACACAAGCCUAAAACAUAAAGUCAUAUGGAUUCUUAAUUGUCCAAAACAUUGGACUUUUUAACAAAUCUGAUGCUACUUUAUUGAUAUUGCAUAAUGUCUGAAAGAGACCUGGAACAAUUUGAGAGUGGGUUCAUUGAUGUACUCAGAGAUGAACGUGUUCGUAUACAGAAAAAAGUGUUCACAAAAUGGGCAAAUGAUGUUCUAAAAAAGGCUGUCAGCGAGCUAAAAAUUAACGAUUUAUUUGAGGAUCUAGCUGAUGGGAAAAUUCUUAUAAAGCUGUUGGAAAUUCUCUCGGGCCAGACUAUCGGCACUCCAAAUCGAAGCAUCCUGCGCGUAGAGAAGGCCGAAAACAUCAACAUAUGCAUCCGUUUCCUUAGGACUAAGGUUCACCUUGAAAACAUCGGAGCGGAGGACAUCAUGGAUGGCAACAAUCGACUCAUCCUUGGUCUCAUCUGGACGACCAUCCGUCUCUUUACGUUCCAGAAUAUAAAAACAGAAACGGAAGGUGCUGAUAAGAUCAUUGACACAAAAUCUGUCGCAAACGCUCUGCUGCUCUGGUGUCAGAGGAAAACAGCUGGGUAUCCAAAUGUGCAAGUAACCAAUUUUACUAAUAGCUGGAGUAACGGGCUCGCGUUCAACGCUCUGAUACAUGCACACAGGCCAGACUUAGUCGAUUUUAAGAAGUUGGUUGCUGCAGACCACAUUGGUAACCUUAACAAUGCGUUCAAUGUCGCUGGUAACGAGCUUGGCAUUCGGAAUAUCCUCGAUGCUGAAGAUGUGGACACGGAAGGACCAGACGAAAAAUCCAUUAUGACAUAUGUAGCCUCAUACUAUCACUACUUUGUCAGGAUGAAGAAUAAAAUGGUUAAGGACACGAACAAUACCGAGUGUCAGGAACGGGCCGUACAUCGAACGGGCAAGGGGAUAAUACACACGUCGGCCACACAGCAUGAAAAGGCAGGUAACGCCCUGGUCAGCACCACGCCGACUAAUGUGGAAAAAAGAAAUAUGGGUCAGAAGCCCCCGGCCCCUCCUUCGACCUUCAAGCUGAAUUCUCUAAAGGCACCUCAGGCUGUCACCAAUCAGCACAAGCCAGCACUGGAAAACAUAGACAAACAGGUGCUCCACGCGGUGGACAACCACGCUAUACAGGUAUCCAAGAGUGAGCACAGCAACGUACGUGAGCUGAUUUGGGACCUGAUAUAUUCCAAGAACAUCAUCAACGAGCUUGAGAGAGUAAGAGUUAUCUUCCGCUGGUUAGCUACAAAGAACCUGAAGGAUAUGUCGUUUACUGACGUACAGCCCGGUACUCCUGAGGAGGUGCUCAUGGGAUUGAAGACACGAAAGACCAAAUACGCUAAGGUGUUCGAUACCAUGUGCACAAAUGCAGAACUGCACUCAGAAAUAAUCAGAGGUUACGCGAAGGGUGUCGGCUACCUUCCUGGUCAAACUUUCACGCCCGAAAAGCCCGACCACGCGUGGAACGCUGUGAAUAUUUUCGGUACAUGGUGCCUCUUCGACGCAGACUGGGGAGCACGCGCUGUCAUCGAAAAGCAGGACACGGAUGAAAAUUUACAAUAUACACUCGAAGAAUUUUACUUUCUUACGGAGCCCGCACACUUUAUAUACUCCCAUUUCCCGGUCGAUCCGAAAUGGCAGCUUCUGGAAAGAUCAAUAACUCUUGAGCAAUUUGAGAACAUGCCAUGUAUGAGAACUCCGUUGUUCAAAUAUGGGCUAGAGCUCGUCAGUCACCGUACGGCGGUCGUGCAUGGUCACGGAGAGAUCAAUAUUCAACUGCGUUAUCCCGAAAACAAACCAUGUGUUGCCUUCAGCUUCAAUAUGCAGUUUGAGAACGGUAACAAGGAGUACAACGGUGUCAAGCUAAACCGCUAUGUCAUGCAUGAGAAUAUCGAGUGUGUGGCUUCGUUCAGACUCCGCCUUCCCCAGAAUGGCUCGUACUUUCUUAACAUCUACUGCAAAGAGAACUCACCAGCCAACAAGGACAACGUUUACGAGGAAGUGUGCGAGUACAAGAUAGUUCAGGAGGAGUUGGCGGGCAAAAAACCUGAGCCGUUCCCAUGUUCCGACCGCCAGUGGGGCCCUGGGUUUGAUUUCCUCAGGUAUGGUCUGGAAACAAAACAGCAGGAGUUGACAGUUUUUACAAGGGAUGGGAAGGUCGAGCUUCAGUUCACAGUCCCGAAGAUCAUAAGGUUCCACGCAGAGCUGAAAAACAAUCGCAGCUCGGGCUCUGAGCUCGGAGGCUACUGUAUGUACAGGAUAGUAGAGAACACCGCUUUCGUCAAUAUUACCGCACCGGCACGCGGCGAAUACUGCCUCGAGAUAUACGCGAACGAUCCAUCGACGGAAGGCACUAGCCUAGUCCACGUAGCACAGUAUAUGAUCGAAUGCAACGAAGACGUGAAAGCCGAACCUUUGCCAAAACUUCCAGGCGGCUAUCUGGGCGAGAAGCCGAAAUUUAUCCAAUUAGGCCUUACAACAUUGAGCCAUCAGAAUCCAGUCAUCGACCUCGAGAAAAACUCAGUUGAGAUCCGAUUAACCUUGGCCAAGGAUAUAAGUUUAAUCGCGGAACUUAUCCAUGCCGCUUCCAAUGAGGUGUACUCAAAUUGUGUCUUUACUCAGACGCAAGGCUCGGUUGUUAGGAUCGCGGUCGUGAUGCCCAACACGGGCUUCUACAAGCUACAGCUCUAUUGCAAACCCGUCGCCGAUACGAGCAAUCAGUUUGCUGGCGUGUACAAUUACUUAAUCAAUUGCAAGAAGAUUACCCAGCCGGUACACCCUUUCCCCACGCAGUACGAACAGUGGGAGGAAGGCUGCCUCCUGGAGACGCCAAUGUACCUGCAUCGAGAUUACGGCAACGAAGUUCUGUUCAGGGUUGCCGUUCCAAAGGCGACGGCGGUCGCGGUUAUCGCUGGUGACAAGUGGACGCACUUGCAGGCCUCGCAAACAGGCAUCUGGGAGGGCAAGGUCAAACUCGGAUCAUUUUACGACAAAGAGACAGAGGUCACCGUAAAUGCAAAAUACAGUGGUGGUUCUAAACGUUACAGCACGUUGCUAAAAUAUAACAAUUAACCGUUUGUGUCGGAUAAAUAAACAGGAUUUGUUUAAGUAAACAUUUUCAAUUAUGUUAUUUUAUAUAAAAUUAUAUGUGCAGUUUGCCCUCUUUUCUCAUGUUUAAUCCUUUUAAUAAAUGACUAACUAUUUGGUGUGUAUCUUUCCACAGUAAUAGUUAAUAUUUAUUUACUGUAUUUCUCCUUGAUUCGUGACUUUAAUUAUCAAUGAAUAAAAUUUAAGCGUUUAUAGGUACAUGUACAGUUGUACAAACUGCUUUUAUUGUUAUUUGCUAUUAUAUGGCCACAAACAUGUAGUACUUAGAAAUGUAAGAAACCAGUUCAUCGGUUCGUAAAAUCGUAUGAUAUAAUUUAACAUACAUUUAUCGUUACAAACGAAGACACCUUUCAGCAACAGCCUACUUAAUACACAGUUAUUGCAGAUGUUAGUCAACAUUUAUGCAAAUCUUACACUUGUAUGUCUAAUUUGUUUGUUUAUAUCUGUUUUGUGAUUGUACUGGUUAUUUUGCAGAGAUGAUUGUAUUCAAUUCAUCUUUCAGAACAUCUAGUAAAAGUGUAUUUGCUCUGGUCCUUUUAUUAUGAUUCUAAACGUUAGAUAAAAAUCAUUUUUGUUUAGGUGCAAGAAUGUAUAAUGUAUUAUAGUUCUAUGAUAAUUAUUCAGAUAAAAACUGUUUACUGAUAAGCCUUAGGAAACAUUUCAGUAUUUUUUUCAAUUAUUUAACUACAUAGAGAAUGUAAUGAGUACAAAACACGCAACUAUUAAAAUAUUUUUUACUCUCUGUCCUGUUUGCUGAAUUUAUUUAUGUUUUAUUCAUUUAGAAUAUGACCAAACAGAAUAUACUUUACCAUAGGUGACGUUAUUUCAAGUCCUAAAUGAAUAACUUAUUACAUAAUUAUAUCUUAAAUGAUUUGGUUAAUCCAGCUGAUUUUUCUGCUAUAAGCGGGAACAGUACUGCUAAAAAGACUUUCGAAUUUGUGCAUAUUAUUUAACACAUUUAUUAUUUUCGUUUUAAUUGUUAACCAGAUUUUUGUUAUUGACAACCCAUAACAUAAUUGUUAGUGGUGUUGUUCCUGUUGUAGUAUGGCAGAUAAUAAAACGUAUUUAAAUGGAGCCAUAGCAAUGUAAAUGUAUUAAUAUUAAUUAAAGUCAGUUAAAUACGACAAUUAUCAUUACAUGUGCUUGUUUACAUUGUUAUGUGUAUAUGUUUCUCUCAAAACCACUUAUGCACGGAACGUUUUUGCCCUUUUUUACCUUAAGUGCGCGUUAAAUUGCCCUUUUUCAAAGUAAUGCUUCAUGCCCCUUUUCCCUCCUGGGAAAAACACUACGUAAAAGGUCGUUAUCACAGAAAAUCCAUUGAUUUGUUUAAACCAAAUAUACGCAUUUUUUAUUGAUGUCCUACAUAGGUAGAUUUGUGACGUUGUAAAGUACAUGGAUUUGAUGACACCAUCUGUAAAAAUUGAUGAUAUAUUAAAUUGUAUUAAAGAAGAUUAAACCAUUUGAUUCAAAAUUAAAAACACUCUUGUUCUAAUUAAAUGUGUGCAUCAGCUAGCUUAGUUGUAUUCUGUUAGCAUGCUUCUGAACUUUAUUUGCUAGUAUUCAGCAUAAUUUAAAGAAUCAAUCAAAGUCAAAUUUUACAAUCUUGUUCGUUUGUUCACUCGUUCUUUAACGAGUUUUUCUAAUGUGUCAACACUUCAUUUUUUGCAUCUAUCUAUAUAUGUUACCUUAUAUCGGUAUAAUGCAGAAUCGAUUGUAAGUCAUUGUUGUAUUUUGUAUUUCUGUGUUUUAAACUUGUAUAUUAACUUACAACAUUCUAUGAAUUAUAUCAAAUAUUAGCAGACAUCGAUGGAAUGAAUUAGUUCGAUUUUAAAAUUGUUGAUUAUGUCAAACUUGCAAAAUGUUGUGUGUUUCAUGUACUAAUAGCUGUUUUCAUUAAUUUAAAACUAUGAAUACAUGUCUCAAUAAAUGUGUGUUAUUUUUUGCACAUUUUAAUGUCGAAACAAUAUUUGUGGUAUUAUAUGCAUGGUAUGAUUUUGGAAGUUUUUGUUGUUUUUAGCUCGACUAUUCUAUAUGAAAUAUAUAUAGUUGAGCUAUCCUACUCACCCCGGCGUCGGCGUUUCCGUUUCCGAGCAGUUUCCGUUUCCGUUAGCGUUAGCGUUUAAGUUUUCGUACUACCCCAAUUAUUGUCAUUGUCCCUAGACAUAUUGUUUUCAUAUGUUCCAUACUUGUUUACCAACAUGACCCCAACCUAUAAACAAUAGCAGACAGUUCUAUCAAGCAUUUUGUCAUAAUUGUUGCCCCUUUUACACUUAUAUAAUUGAACAUUAAUUGACCCCAACCUAUAAACAAGAGCAUACAACUGUAUCAAGCAUUUUGACAUAAAUAUUGCCCCUUUUAUACUUAGAAAAUAUAUAUUAUUGAUAAAUCUAUGUUAACCUUUGCGUACAACCCCAAAUAUUUCCUAUAUCCUUUGACAUAUUGCUUUUAUAUUUUGCAUACUUGAUUACGAACAUGACCCCAACCUAUAAACAAGAGCAGACCCCCACAGUAUCAAGCAUUUAGACAUAAUUAUGGCCCUUUUAACACUUAGAUAAUUGAGCACUUUGCUUAAAUUGCCAUAACUUCUUUAUUUAUGAUCACAUUUUAUUAUUACUUUGACAAAACAACACUUACCUGAAUACCACAAUGGAUUCCACCCAAACAAUACCCCACGCCCCUACCUAGAAUCUCUCCCCCCCCCCAACCUUCCCCCCAAUUUUUUUUUAAACAUCAUCUAAUA